GAGGACGCCAAUACUAUCAACACUUGCCGAAGUGCUCUGGGCCAAGAAAUCGUAUACACCCUGCGCUUUAGUUGAGAUUGUACUAAGUGAGUGAUGACGACCGUCGACCACUAAUACGGGGUCUAGUUCAUGUUUGUGGAGUCACUAGUGCAGGCAAGAUGUCGGUCGUGCUGAGGAAGAAAGAAUCUGAAUUAAAGGGUAGGAGUGCCAGGUUCCACAAGGUGCCAGCCCAGCUACUGCUCUCCAUCCACCCUGACCCCAGCCUCCUGCAACAGUUCGUUCCUAUGGAGACUCAAGAUGUCGCUAUACAGUCCGUACCUAAGAUGUCGCAGCACGAGGUGAACACAGAGACCAUUGACUUCGCGUGCGCUGGGAUGAACCACACGGAAGGAGGCUGGCCUAAGGACGUGUCGCUGACGGAGGACGACCAGAAGAUCCGUUACAAGAAAAAGAUCGAGAAGGAUGACUACUACAUCCACGCUAUGCUACAGCUCGGAGCGAAAAUCGAACACUGUAUCAGGCAAAACAACGCAAUCGACAUCUAUGAAAUGUAUUUUGAAAACGAAGAGAGCCCGAUGGUAGAGGAACCUGAACCAAUUAAAACAGUGAACGUGAUCAGGGAUCCUCACGCUGGCCAGCGUAUGGUCACGUCUCUCAGCUUCGCCCCUGAGGGAGGACACAAGAUAGCUGCUUCUUAUUCCUCCUCCAAGUUUAUGGGACUGAAAGAAGGAAUACCCAAAGAAUCUUACGUUUGGGAUAUAAACACGAGCAGUCACCCCGAGCUGGAGUUAGUGGGACCAGCGUGGAUCCAGUGUCUGCAGUACAACAUAAAGGACAACAACGUAAUAGCUGCAGGUGUGAGCAACGGGCAGGUGGCGUGGUGGGAUGUGCGGCAGGGGUCGAGGCCGGUAGAGUCGACGGGGCUUGAGGUGAGCCACACCCAGAUGGUAACAGCCCUCACCUGGAUGGCCCACAAGACCCGCACUGAGCUCUUCUCUGUCUCCACUGACGGCCAGGUCUUGUGGUGGGACACCCGCAAGCUCUCUCAGCCCACGGACAGCCUGGUUCUCGACCCCUUGAGAGAAGACCCUCCUAACCACGGGCGGGCCUUGAGUGCCACCUGUCUGGAGUACGAGGCCACUAUGCCCACAAAGCUUAUGGUAGCCACGGAACAGGGCCAAGUGGUGGCCUGCAACAGGAGAGCCAGAAGUCCCCCUGAUAGGAUCAGUAUGAUCUACAACGCCCACAUCGCGCCCAUCUACUCCAUCCAGAGAAACCCUUUCUUCCUCAAGAACUUCAUGACGGUGGGUGAUUGGACCAUUAAGUUGUGGGCGGAGGAUUUUAAGGAGUCACCUGUGUUGUGGACUAAACCCGCCUCCUCACAGAUGCGCAGUGGGUGUUGGAGCGCGUCGCGGUCCUCCGUACUCUUCACGGCACGAUUGGAUGGUGCACUAGACGCCUGGGACUUCCUCACAUCCUGGAGUAAACCUGCUUCUACCUGUCAGGUGGUAGACGAGGGCCUGGAGGUGGUGGUGAUGCAUGAGGGUGGACGACUGUUGGCCUCAGGGUCACAGCUGGGUACGGUGUCCCUGCUGCACGUCCCUCCCAGGCUUGUGCAGCCAUCAGACAGGCACGAGAAGGCUGCCUUUACAGCGAUCCUUGAACGAGAGACUCGACGAGAGCGCGUCCUGGAGGCUAGACAUAAGGAGCAGCGACUAAGGGAUCGGGUCAAGAUAGGAGCUGGUCGAGGAGGUGGUGGUGCAUUAGGAGGACCAGGGGUAGACGUCGAGGAGGACGCUGAGCCCUCAGUCGACCCCAUCAAAGAAGCUGAAGAGGAAUACUUCAGACAGGUGGCUGAACUCCAGGCGCAAAUAGAGCAGGAGGAUGCUGCCGCCGCUUCAGUAGCUGUCGAGGUCACUCAUCCUCCUGAGGACGCCGGGUCGAAUCCCCCAGCUGGGGAGGCUUCCAACUCUAUGCAAGCAGAGAGUGACGAGGGACUCACAACACACACAGAUGUUGAAGAACCCAAGAGUUAUUCCAGUAAUGGUUCUGCUGAGCGCUAAUACUACUACUACUACUACUUCUGUUGCUACUACUACUACUCCGACAAGUCUACUUCUGCUACUACUACUGCCGAUAUUACU